AAAGGAGCCCGGCGGAGGCAGCGGUGGGUUUGGGACUGAGGCGCCGGAUCUGUGGUCGCGGCUGGGGACGUGCGCCCGCGCCACCAUCUUCGGCCGAAGAGGCAGUUGCCCAGGGAUCCCUCCGUUUACAAUGGCUCAGAGAACUGGACUGGAGGAUCCAGAGCGGUAUCUCUUCGUGGACAGGGCUGUCAUCUACAACCCGGCCACCCAAGCUGACUGGACAGCCAAGAAGCUCGUGUGGAUUCCCUCCGAACGCCAUGGUUUCGAGGCAGCUAGCAUCAAAGAGGAGCGGGGGGACGAAGUGGUGGUGGAGCUGGCGGAGAACGGCAAGAAGGCGAUGGUCAACAAAGAUGACAUCCAGAAGAUGAACCCGCCCAAGUUCUCCAAGGUGGAGGACAUGGCAGAGCUGACAUGCUUGAACGAGGCCUCUGUUUUACACAAUCUGAAGGAUCGUUACUAUUCCGGGCUUAUCUAUACAUACUCUGGACUCUUCUGUGUAGUCAUCAACCCUUACAAGAACCUCCCGAUUUACUCUGAGAACAUCAUCGAAAUGUACAGAGGGAAGAAACGCCACGAGAUGCCCCCGCACAUCUAUGCCAUAUCCGAGUCCGCCUACCGCUGCAUGCUGCAAGAUCGUGAGGACCAGUCAAUUCUUUGCACGGGCGAGUCCGGCGCUGGCAAGACGGAGAACACCAAGAAGGUCAUUCAGUACCUUGCCCACGUUGCCUCUUCACAUAAGGGAAGGAAGGACCAUAACAUUCCUCAGGAAUCGCCCAAACCCGUGAAACACCAGGGAGAACUUGAACGGCAGCUUUUGCAAGCAAAUCCAAUUCUGGAAUCAUUUGGAAAUGCGAAGACUGUGAAAAAUGAUAACUCAUCUCGUUUUGGAAAGUUCAUUCGCAUCAACUUCGACGUAACUGGCUAUAUCGUUGGGGCCAACAUUGAAACCUACCUUCUAGAAAAGUCUCGUGCUGUUCGUCAGGCAAAAGACGAGCGGACUUUCCAUAUCUUCUAUCAGCUGUUAUCCGGAGCAGGAGAGCACCUCAAGUCGGACUUGCUCCUGGAAGGGUUUAAUAACUACAGAUUUCUCUCCAAUGGCUACAUUCCCAUCCCGGGCCAGCAGGACAAAGAUAACUUCCAGGAGACCAUGGAAGCGAUGCACAUCAUGGGCUUCUCUCACGAAGAGAUUCUGUCAAUGCUCAAAGUAGUGUCCUCAGUGCUGCAGUUUGGAAAUAUUUCUUUCAAAAAGGAGAGAAAUACUGAUCAAGCUUCCAUGCCGGAGAAUACAGUUGCACAGAAACUCUGCCAUCUGCUGGGGAUGAACGUGAUGGAGUUCACUCGGGCCAUCCUUACCCCCCGGAUCAAGGUCGGCCGGGACUACGUGCAGAAAGCCCAGACCAAAGAGCAGGCAGACUUUGCGGUGGAGGCUUUGGCAAAGGCUACCUACGAGCGACUCUUCCGCUGGCUUGUUCACCGCAUCAACAAAGCUCUGGAUCGGACCAAACGCCAGGGAGCAUCUUUCAUUGGGAUCCUGGAUAUUGCUGGAUUUGAAAUUUUUGAGCUGAACUCCUUUGAGCAGCUGUGCAUCAACUACACCAAUGAGAAGCUGCAGCAGCUCUUCAACCACACCAUGUUCAUCCUGGAGCAGGAGGAGUACCAGCGCGAGGGCAUCGAGUGGAACUUCAUCGACUUCGGCCUCGACCUGCAGCCCUGCAUCGACCUCAUCGAGAGACCGGCUAACCCUCCAGGGGUGCUGGCCCUUCUGGAUGAAGAGUGCUGGUUCCCCAAAGCCACAGAUAAAACCUUUGUGGAGAAGCUGGUCCAAGAACAGGGUUCACACUCCAAGUUCCAGAAGCCUCGGCAGCUGAAAGACAAAGCCGACUUCUGCAUCAUCCACUACGCAGGGAAGGUGGACUACAAGGCAGACGAGUGGCUGAUGAAGAACAUGGACCCACUGAACGACAACGUGGCCACCCUCCUGCACCAGUCAUCAGACCGAUUCGUGGCAGAGCUCUGGAAAGACGAGAUUCAGAAUAUUCAGAGAGCUUCUUUCUAUGACAGUGUUUCUGGUCUUCAUGAGCCACCAGUGGACCGCAUCGUGGGUCUGGAUCAAGUCACUGGGAUGACGGAGACGGCCUUUGGCUCCGCAUACAAGACCAAGAAGGGCAUGUUCCGCACCGUGGGGCAGCUCUACAAGGAGUCCCUCACCAAGCUAAUGGCCACUCUCCGGAACACCAACCCCAACUUUGUACGCUGCAUCAUCCCCAAUCACGAGAAGCGGGCCGGGAAGCUGGACCCCCACCUGGUGCUUGACCAGCUCCGCUGCAACGGCGUCCUGGAGGGGAUCCGCAUCUGUCGCCAGGGCUUCCCCAACCGCAUUGUCUUCCAGGAGUUCCGGCAAAGAUAUGAGAUCCUCACUCCAAAUGCUAUUCCCAAGGGCUUCAUGGAUGGCAAGCAGGCCUGUGAGCGGAUGAUCCGGGCUUUGGAACUGGACCCAAACUUAUAUCGAAUUGGACAGAGCAAGAUAUUUUUCAGAGCUGGUGUGCUGGCUCACUUAGAGGAAGAAAGGGAUUUAAAAAUCACCGACAUCAUCAUCUUCUUCCAGGCUGUGUGCAGAGGUUACCUCGCCCGGAAGGCCUUUGCCAAAAAGCAGCAGCAGCUGAGUGCCCUGAAGGUGCUGCAGCGGAACUGCGCCGCGUACCUGAAGCUGCGCCACUGGCAGUGGUGGCGUGUCUUCACCAAGGUGAAGCCUCUGCUCCAGGUCACUCGCCAGGAGGAGGAGCUUCAGGCCAAAGACGAGGAGCUCCUGAAGGUGAAGGAGAAGCAGACGAAGGUGGAGGGCGAGCUGGAGGAGAUGGAGCGCAAGCACCAGCAGCUCCUGGAGGAGAAGAACAUCCUGGCGGAGCAGCUGCAGGCGGAGACUGAGCUGUUCGCCGAGGCUGAGGAGAUGCGGGCACGGCUGGCUGCCAAGAAGCAGGAGCUGGAGGAGAUCCUGCACGACCUGGAGUCCAGAGUGGAGGAGGAAGAAGAGAGAAACCAGAUCCUCCAGAACGAGAAGAAGAAAAUGCAAGCGCACAUCCAGGACCUGGAGGAGCAGCUGGAUGAAGAGGAAGGGGCCCGGCAGAAGCUGCAGCUGGAGAAGGUGACAGCCGAGGCCAAAAUCAAGAAGAUGGAAGAGGAGAUUCUGCUGCUUGAGGACCAGAAUUCCAAAUUCAUCAAAGAGAAGAAGCUCAUGGAGGACCGCAUCGCCGAGUGCUCCUCUCAGCUGGCUGAGGAGGAGGAGAAGGCCAAGAACCUGGCCAAGAUCCGCAACAAGCAGGAGGUGAUGAUCUCAGACCUGGAAGAGCGUCUGAAGAAGGAGGAGAAAACGCGGCAGGAGCUGGAAAAGGCCAAGCGGAAGCUGGACGGUGAGACCACGGACCUGCAGGACCAGAUCGCCGAGCUGCAGGCGCAGAUUGACGAGCUCAAGGUGCAGCUGGCCAAGAAGGAGGAGGAGCUGCAGGGCGCGCUGGCCAGAGGCGAUGACGAGACGCUGCACAAGAACAAUGCACUCAAGGUGGUGCGGGAGCUGCAGGCGCAGAUCGCCGAGCUGCAGGAAGACUUGGAGUCCGAAAAGGCGUCGCGGAACAAGGCGGAGAAGCAGAAGCGGGACCUGAGCGAGGAGCUGGAGGCACUGAAAACAGAGCUGGAGGACACGCUGGACACCACCGCGGCGCAGCAGGAACUGCGCACUAAGCGUGAACAGGAAGUGGCGGAACUGAAGAAGGCGCUCGAGGAAGAGACGAAGAACCAUGAAGCUCAGAUCCAGGACAUGCGGCAGCGACACGCCACUGCCCUGGAGGAGCUCUCGGAGCAGCUGGAGCAGGCCAAGAGGUUCAAAGCGAACCUGGAGAAGAACAAGCAGGGCCUGGAGACUGAUAACAAGGAGCUGGCCUGCGAGGUGAAGGUGCUGCAGCAGGUCAAGGCCGAGUCCGAGCACAAGAGGAAGAAGCUGGACGCACAGGUGCAGGAGCUGCAUGCCAAGGUCUCUGAGGGAGACCGGCUGAGGGUGGAGCUGGCCGAGAAGGCGAACAAGCUCCAGAAUGAGUUGGAUAACGUCUCAACCCUGUUGGAGGAAGCAGAGAAGAAAGGGAUUAAAUUUGCCAAGGAUGCAGCUAGUCUUGAAUCCCAGCUGCAGGACACACAGGAGCUCCUGCAGGAGGAGACGCGACAGAAGCUGAACCUGAGCAGCCGCAUCCGGCAGCUGGAGGAGGAGAAGAACAGUCUGCAGGAGCAGCAGGAGGAGGAGGAGGAAGCCCGGAAGAACCUGGAGAAGCAGGUGUUGGCCCUGCAGUCCCAGCUGGCCGAUAGCAAGAAGAAAGUAGAUGAUGACCUGGGGACCAUCGAGGCACUGGAGGAAGCCAAGAAGAAGCUUCUGAAGGACGCAGAGGCCCUGGGCCAGCGCCUGGAGGAGAAGGCCCUGGCCUAUGACAAGCUGGAAAAGACCAAGAAUCGCCUGCAGCAGGAACUCGACGACCUCACCGUGGACCUGGACCACCAGCGCCAGAUUGUGUCCAACCUGGAGAAGAAGCAGAAGAAAUUCGACCAGCUGCUAGCAGAAGAGAAGAACAUCUCGGCUCGCUAUGCAGAGGAGCGAGACCGGGCCGAAGCAGAGGCCCGAGAGAAGGAGACCAAAGCCCUGUCGCUGUCACGGGCGCUGGAGGAAGCCCUGGAGGCCAAGGAAGAAUUUGAGCGGCAGAACAAGCAGCUCCGGGCGGAUAUGGAGGACCUGAUGAGCUCCAAAGACGACGUGGGCAAGAACGUGCACGAACUUGAAAAGUCCAAGCGGGCCCUGGAGCAGCAAGUGGAAGAAAUGAGGACGCAGCUGGAGGAGCUGGAGGAUGAGCUGCAGGCCACGGAGGACGCCAAGCUGCGGCUGGAGGUCAACAUGCAGGCCAUGAAGGCCCAGCUGGAGCGGGACCUGCAGGCGCGGGACGAGCAGAACGAGGAGAAGAAGCGGCUGCUCAUCAAGCAGGUACGGGAGCUGGAGGCUGAGCUGGAGGACGAGCGGAAACAGCGGGCACUGGCUGUUGCCGCCAAGAAGAAAAUGGAGAUAGACCUGAAGGAUCUGGAAGCUCAGAUCGAGGCCGCGAACAAAGCCCGGGAUGAAGUGAUUAAGCAGCUUCGCAAGCUGCAGGCCCAGAUGAAGGAUUAUCAGCGGGAACUGGAAGAAGCCCGUGCGUCCCGAGAUGAGAUUUUUGCUCAGUCCAAGGAGAGUGAGAAGAAACUGAAGAGUCUAGAAGCAGAAAUCCUGCAGUUACAGGAGGAACUUGCCUCAUCUGAGCGCGCGCGCCGCCACGCUGAGCAGGAGAGAGAUGAACUGGCUGAUGAGAUCGCCAACAGCGCUUCUGGCAAGUCGGCACUGCUGGACGAGAAGCGGCGCCUCGAGGCGCGGAUUGCACAGCUGGAGGAGGAGUUGGAGGAGGAGCAGAGCAACAUGGAGCUGCUCAACGACCGCUUCCGCAAGACCACGCUGCAGGUGGACACGCUAAACGCCGAGCUGGCGGCCGAGCGUAGUGCCGCACAGAAGAGUGACAAUGCACGCCAGCAGCUGGAGCGGCAAAACAAGGAGCUGAAGGCCAAGCUGCAGGAGCUGGAGGGCGCUGUCAAGUCCAAGUUCAAGGCCACCAUCUCAGCCCUGGAGGCCAAGAUUGGGCAGCUGGAGGAGCAGCUAGAACAAGAAGCCAAGGAACGAGCAGCUGCCAACAAGCUGGUGCGCCGCACCGAGAAGAAGCUGAAGGAGAUCUUCAUGCAGGUGGAAGAUGAGCGGCGACACGCGGACCAGUACAAGGAGCAGAUGGAGAAGGCCAAUGCCAGGAUGAAGCAGCUCAAGCGGCAGCUGGAGGAAGCAGAGGAAGAAGCUACACGUGCCAACGCCUCCCGGCGUAAACUCCAGCGGGAACUGGACGAUGCCACCGAGGCCAACGAGGGUCUAAGCCGCGAGGUCAGCACACUGAAGAACCGGCUGAGGCGUGGGGGCCCCAUUAGCUUCUCUUCAAGCCGAUCUGGCCGACGCCAGCUGCACAUCGAGGGAGCUUCCCUGGAGCUGUCAGAUGACGACACAGAAAGUAAGACCAGCGAUGUCAACGAGACACAGCCACCACAGUCGGAGUGAAGUCGCAGGCAGCAGAGGGGGCAGUGUAGUGGGACAGAGGGACUUACCCCGGUGCCAGCCCGCCCGGGGGCCUCUUCCAACACGGUUAGGCACUUGGCAAGCGACGGGAUUCCUUGCGCAAGAUCAACUGUGUCUUAAGACUCUGCAGCCUACGCGUACUGUACCCUGCUUCAGGUUAGGUACACCUGCUCCCUUUUUAUAUAUAUAUAUACAUAACACCAAACAUGCGUAUUAAACAGAUUGUCUCCUCAUCGCAUCUAUUUUCCACAUAGUCAUCAAGAGACAUUUUAUAACACAUGUUAAGAAGAGAACCCUUUUUAAAACACAAAUUCUGGACCCUUGGAGGCCAGUAGCCGGGUUGGGGCAGCCCUGUGGUCGCUCUGCAUGCUCUGUCACAGACAGACGACUUAGUUCUGUGUCCGUGUGGCCCGACUCCUCGGCCACAGCAGUCACUUUGUGAACAUUGUGGAACCCAAACUGCACUUGUGUCUUUCAUUUCCUUCCGAUAAUGAUACGCUAUUUCAAUGAGCAAACUGUGAAAGGGGUUUUGGGACAAUUAGAGGGGUGGGUUGGAUUGGGGGGAGCGGCAUCCAUUUGGGGCUACCAUGCCCAUCUCCCAAGAGAUCGCUCUGCCCCUCAAGUUGAUAGUGUCCCCACAACUACUCUUGUGAACUGUCCCUGGCCAGGGCUGCUGUGGGCAUUACAAGGGUAGAGGCCACGAGGUGGCCAGGGCCCCAGGUGGCAGCCAGCCCAGGGACCCCAGAAAUGGGGCCCGGGGUCCCAGCAGGAGCUGGGAGAUCCCCGCCCCACUCCCAUCGCCAGCCAGGCCCUCCCGCCGACCCUGCACAUUCAGCCACUGCUUUGAGCCCAAAACGGGAAUCUUGGUUUUGUGUCCAAGGCCUGUCCCGGGUGUGUCAGGGAGGCCCAGAGGCCACCGCCUGAAUGUUGACAUGCCAGGGGGGAGUCCUUUUCCCCUCCCUUGGGACAGCGUUCCAGUGACCACGUAGCGUUCUGUUUCUGGUUGAUCGCUGAGCAAGCUGACAUUACAGAAAGUGCCUUAGACACUACAGUACUAAGACAAUGUUAAAUAUAUUAUUUGCCUCUAACGAUUUCAUGUAUUAAGUUUUGACUGUGCUUCAUAUCAUGUACCUCUCUAGUCAAAGUGGUAUUAUAAACAUUCAGUGACAAUGAAUCAGUGUUAAUGAGAAAUCCUUGACCCUCUGCAAUGUGCUUGAAGACAAACCUUUUGGGUUAAAAGCUUUAACAUCUGUUAGGCAGAACUCGUCGUGUGGGUUUGGAAUCUUAAGUUUCCCCUUUAUGAACUGUCCUGGCUGUUGACCACCAGACACCUGACUGCAAAUAUCUUUUCUUGUAUUCCCAUAUUUCUAGACAAUGAUUUUUGUAAGACAAUAAAUUUAUUCAUUAUAGA